AUGCGAUUUGGGAAGAAGGGUAAACUAAGUCGAAGAUUUAUUGGUCCGUAUGAAAUCUUGGAUAGGAUUGGUCAAGUAGCUUACCGGUUGGCCUUACCUAUGGAAUUGGAUAAGGUGCAUGAUGUAUUCCAUGUGUCUCAACUGAAGAAGUACGUUCACGAUGCUUCGCAUGUGAUCAACCCUGAGGUUGUGGAGAUGGAUGAAUCUCUCUCAUAUGAGGAAAAACCAGUACAGAUAUUGGAUUCUAAGACCCGUGAUACCCGAAGGAAAUCCAUAAAGCUUGUGAAAGUAUUGUGGUCCAACCACUUAGCUGAGGAAGCUACGUGGGAAGUUGAGGAGGAUAUGAGAAAUCGGUAUCCGGAGUUGUUUGCUUCAGGUAAUAGUCAAGUUACGGGGACGUAA